UUACACGGUUAAGCAACACUGACAUUUUCUCCAGAAAAAGUCUAGUUUUAACUUGUUGUGGAAGAAAUUCCCAUUCUCUUUUCUUCAUUCCUAUUCUAGUAAUUUUUCCCUCUGUUUUAUUGUGUUCUCUUUUCUCAGGCAGCCUGCGGUGAAAAUGACAUUGUAUUGCGUCCUCUCUCUUUCUCUCUCGCUCUCCCUCAGCUCUCCUUCAGUCAACAGACUGUAAAGAAUAAAUAAUAAAAAAGUAUUGAUUAUUUUGAUGACUUCACAAUUCAAUUAGGUAUUAAUUUUGCCCUCCACUGGACCUAUCAGGCAACUCAAAGGGGAGAAAAGAAACCGUAGAAGGGAGGGAUAGAUGGAUGGGGGGGGGGUCUUUGAGGUGGUUUUGCCUAAAAUGAAUGCAGAGUGAAAGAGUCUGUGUUGAGGGAAAGGCGUUUUCCUCUUUAGGCUAAGAAAGGGGUGCAUUGUGAUGCAUUGUCGAGUUGCACAAGUGCACCACAGUGAAAAAAGUCCAGUGAAGCGAUUACGAGAGACAUUGUCACAAAGCAUAUGAGUAUUGACCAACCAGGCCCCGCUCUGAGAAUGACAGCUUAAACUAUUCCUAUUGAUUAACAUUUUCAUAGAUAAUCAUGUGCCAUAUCAAACUCUCAUGCACUUUAUCUGAUGAGGGCAUUAACAGAGCCCCUCCGGGCUCCCAUUUAUCGACCAGGAAAGGGUGGGCCAGAAUUAAGGGGUGGUGGGGGCUGAACCUGUAACAAUGGUCGAAAUCUACUACUCCACUUGAUUUCAUCUCGUUGUUUGGCUUGACCCUCAUCUCAAACUCAUUUGGGCAGAAAAUACUCUAAUGCAGUUAAGUAAAAAAAUAAAAGCAGACUUGCCUAAGUCUACACAUUUGUUUGUGUGCCUAACCAUUAGAAACGUUGGGGGGAGGUACUUUGCGAGAGAGAGAGAGAGAGAGAGAGAGAGAGAGAGAGAGAGAGAGAGAGAGAGAGAGAGAGAGAGAGAGAGAGGAGGUGACAUCUCGAGCAAGUCUCCAGAGGCAAUCCCAGGCUUGCACCAUCAGCGCUCACUUGAUGUAUCUCCCAUAUCCACACUGUUUUUGGGGCUUUGUGACAAGCAUGCACUGACUGAUCUCAAAUCAGACUCUGGUAUGCUGUAACUGCUCUCUCUCACUCUCUUUGCGUGGAUUUCGGCUAAGUAAGAUUUUUGGAGCAUAAACUUUCAGACAUUUUUCUCUGUAGUCUGGAAUCAUCUUUCUGGAUCCGAUGAUCACAGGGCAGCUGAGCAAACCGUUGCUCCCCCUGCGUGCCGAUAUGGACGCCUGCGAGCUGCGGGACGACGACAAGCCGGCCAGCCCGGACAGCGAGCUCAACGAUGAGCCUUUGCUGCUCUCAGCUGACACCGACUCAGAGGAGAAGAUGUAUGGUGGGCGAGGUGGAUCAGUUCAAUCUGAUGCAAGCAGCAGUCCUACAGAACAUGGUCAUAUGGGUCAGACUCACCCUGCGUACCCUGUUGGACCACAGUCUCUACUGGUGGCUCAGCAGCUGGCAUCAGCUGUUAGUGGAGUGAUGUCUGGCGGAGCUCCGGGUCUCAAUCAACCCAUUCUCAUCCCCUUUAAUGCUGGUGGGCACCUGGGUGGCCAACAGGGCCUGGUUCUGUCUCUGCCCACUGCUGCCAACAUACAGGGCCUGGUGGCGGCCGCAGCUGCUGGUGGCAUCAUGACACUCCCGCUACAGAACUUGCAAGCUACCUCAUCCCUGAACUCACAGCUCCAGCAUCUCCAACAGCUCCAGCAGCUCCAGCAUCACCAGCAACAGCAUCACCAUCAUCAGCAACAACAACAGCAGCAGCGGGAGCAGCGGGAAAGAGAGCACCGUGAGCGAGAACAGCAACGAGAACGAGAGCAGCAGCAGCAGCUCUGUGGCCCAACACAUCUUCAGCCACCCAGUCAUCGUCAACUCACUCCACCGAUCCAGUCACAAGUGUCUGGACCUUCUCCAGGCACCUGCACCUCCAAUCAUAGCUCAGCUCAGCCUCCCCAGUCUCCGCCCAAUCACAGGCAAAACCAAUCACCAGCUCGUAGCUUACCUUCGCCUGUCACGCCGCCUCUGCCACUGCAGCUUAACCCUCUGGCCAGUCAGGCAGCGGUGGCAGCAGCAAUGGGGUCAAUCGCCGGGUCACAGGUGUUUGGUAAUGCUCUCUCCAGCCUGCAGGGUGUCUCCGGUCAACUGGUCACCAAUGCACAAGGACAGAUCAUUGGGACCAUUCCUCUGAUGCCAAAUUCCGUAGGACCUUCCAGCCAAUCAGGGGCUGGCACUCCUUCGCUGCAGGUUCAGCCAAUAACACCGCAGCUGCUGACCAAUGCUCAGGGUCAGAUUAUAGCCACCGUGAUUGGCAACCAAAUCCUGCCAGUUAUCAACACCCAGGGAAUUACACUGUCACCCAUUAAACCUGGACAGCAGCAGAUGCCGCAGGCCUCUCAGACUGCACCGGUUCCUCCUGUGUCACAGCCGAAUCUGAUGCGCAUGCCUCACAACCAGAGCCCGCUCCGACAGGCCUCUUCCUCCUCCUCAACAUCAUCAUCUUCCUCCUCAGCCCUCAGUGUCGGACAACUAGUCAGCAAUCCACAGAAUGCUCCCAGUGAAGUGGACGGUGUAAACCUGGAGGAGAUUCGGGAAUUCGCCAAAGCGUUUAAAAUUCGCCGGCUGUCUCUGGGUCUGACUCAGACGCAGGUGGGCCAAGCCCUUAGUGCAACCGAAGGCCCUGCCUACAGCCAGUCUGCCAUCUGCAGACACACCAUCCUGAGAAGCCACUUUUUCCUACCACAGGAAGCCCAAGAGAACACUAUAGCUAGCAGUCUGACAGGCAAACUGAAUCCUGGCCUUUUAUAUCCUGCCAGGUUCGAGAAGUUGGACAUCACCCCAAAAAGCGCCCAGAAGAUUAAACCUGUGCUGGAGCGCUGGAUGGCAGAGGCGGAAGCCCGCCAUCGCUCCGGUAUGCAGAACCUGACCGAGUUUAUCGGCAGCGAGCCCUCCAAAAAGCGCAAACGCCGGACCUCUUUCACCCCGCAGGCCCUGGAAAUCCUCAACAGCCACUUCGAGAAGAACACGCACCCCUCCGGUCAGGAGAUGACGGAAAUCGCUGAGAAACUGAACUAUGAUCGGGAGGUGGUGCGGGUGUGGUUCUGCAAUAAGAGGCAAGCGUUAAAAAACACUAUUAAACGGCUGAAACAACCCGAGCUCGGGACAGGCGCACCGAUGGAUCCUCUGGUUGAUAAUAUGGAGGAACAUCCUUAACUCUAUGUGACACAUCUGCAGUGAUAAAACAUCUGGACUUAAAGACCUGGACUCUUACAUCUUAACUGGAUCGAAUCAAGCAAAAAGAAAUAUUGUUGGUGACAUCAUCACGGUAAAAAUUGAGAAACUUAAGCAAAAA